AACUUAGAAUUAGAAAUGAAAGAGGACGAUUGCAUCCUAGUCCAGCUAGUCCCUUUCCACAGGGCCAUCGAGUGCACCCGAUUUCGCCGUUUAGUAAGUGACUCCACGCAUCUCUCAAGACCAAACAGCCAGCACAUCUUGCGAUGCCUCUCCUCCCGCCUAUCAACUUUCCCCGCUGGCUCGACGAAAACCAGCACCUACUCAAGCCUCCUGUAAACAACUUCUGCCUAUACCGGCAGAAGGACUUCACUGUGAUGGCUGUAGGCGGCCCAAACGAAAGAAAUGAUUACCAUGUGAAUGAGACCGAAGAAUGGUUCUAUCAGUACAAGGGUGGCAUGCUGCUUAGAGUGGUAGACGGGGAUGAGUUCAAGGAUAUUAGGAUCGAGGAGGGAGAGAUGUUUUUGCUGCCUGCGAACACACCCCACAACCCAGUCCGCUUUGCCGAUACAAUCGGAAUUGUCAUCGAAGCUGCUCGUCCGGAUGCAUCUAAUGACUCCCUGCAGUGGUACUGUCGCGAUCCUUCCCAUACCAAGCCAACCAUCAUUCACAAGGAGUCCUUUCACGUCACCGACCUCGGAACCCAACUGAAGCCCGUUAUCCAGCGCUGGAUGUCGACCGAGGAAUUGAGGAAGUGCAAGGAAUGCGGGAACGUCGCUCCUGCAAAGUAGUCAUCCUAUUAGUCGCGUCACAGGUGAUCCCCAUAAAUAUUUUGUACCCCCGCGUGGAAUGUUUCGCGUUCUGGUGCUAGUAUACAUGUGAAUAUGGUAAUGAAAAUCUAUGCAAACCAUAACACUAGAAACAUAUACGAUAACUGGCAUAUCGGCCGCUGGUUUCACUAGGGCGAGUAAUUUUGACGACUUGGCCUCUCCGAAGGCCAUAGUAUCGUGCCACGGGGUCGGCCAGCUGUAUUCGAGGAAGUUGGGUCUCCUUCAGCCGGCUA